GAUGCGUCUGCACGAAGGUGGAAAAGAAAUAGGGUGUGUGUACUGCGACGAACCGAACGUGACAAGGUACAACACUGACUUCCCUUUGAGAAAAGCAAUGAGAACAGCGUUUAGGUAUAUGAGUGAGUGCAAGGAGUGCAGAAGGAGGAGGAUGGUGACGGUGAUGAGGACUUUUGCAGCGGCGCACUUUGAGAAUGGGUAUUGGAACACCGGAGGGUACUGCAAUAGGACAGGUCCGAUGAGUGAGGGAGAGGUGGAUUUUGGGAAGUUUGAAUGGGAAGUGAGGAAUGUUCAGAUGGAGGAGUUUGAGAGAGGAAGGAAAAAUGGUGGUAGGUUUGAGGUGGUGGAUGUUUCAAGAGCCAUGCUUAUGAGAGCAGAUGGUCAUCCUGGAGAGCAUUGGGGGAACAAAUGGAUGAAGGGUUACAAUGAUUGCACUCACUGGUGCAUGCCUGGCCCUGUUGAUAUGUGGAGUGAGUUGCUUCUUGCUGUGCUCAGAAAACCUUCUGCUUUUCAUCUUAAUUCUGUUUAGUUCAAACUUUUACAUACACAAAACAUAGAUUUUGUUUUAGAGGUUCUUUUCUUUUUGGUAUACAAUAAUGACGGUAGUGUAGUUCUCAAAUCUGGUUGAAGUUGCAGCGAUUUUGAUUGUGGAAGCUAGCUGUUAGCAGAGGAUAUACAGACUGGGCUAAUUAAUUUCUAUG